CCAUCACAAACCCACAAUCGCACAUCACAAAUCAACAAUCUUCACAUAUCAUCUUCACUCAUAAAUAAACAUUCAUGGCCCGUACGAAGCAAACCGCAAGAAAAUCCACCGGAGGAAAGGCACCAAGGAAGCAACUAGCCACAAAAGCAGCCCGAAAAUCAGCACCCGCAACCGGAGGCGUAAAAAAGCCGCACAGAUUCAGGCCCGGGACCGUGGCGUUGAGAGAGAUCAGGAAGUACCAGAAGAGCACGGAGCUUUUGAUCCGGAAGCUUCCGUUCCAAAGGCUUGUGAGAGAAAUCGCUCAGGAUUUUAAGACGGAUUUACGGUUCCAAAGCUCUGCUGUUUCUACUCUCCAGGAGGCGGCUGAGGCGUAUUUGGUUGGGUUGUUUGAGGAUACGAAUUUGUGUGCGAUUCAUGCAAAGAGAGUUACGAUUAUACCCAAGGAUAUGCAGCUCGCGAGGAGGAUCCGUGGUGAAAGAGCUUAGGAUUUGGU